AUGCGGAUUGGAUUCCUCGAGGAGUUCCACCAUCGACACCGCAACUACAUCCUUGGACGGGUUCUCGAAGACAUGACCCCAUUCAAGGGACACUUCCCGGCAGACCUUCGUGACGGACGCACUCGGCCGGUACCCCCGACCCAUGAGUUGUUAUCACUCGUCGACGAGGACAUGGCGAUGCAGCCGCCAGACCCCGAACCACCCACACCCGGUGCUGGCAACGCCCCUGCUGGCAGCAGUCAGCUGGGCCCCAACCCCGGAGCGACCCCCGAGGCUGAUGACCCUGACCACGACAUGGGCAGCCACUAG